GAAACUUGAGCACGACUACAGGGCAGCAUGUCUAAUAUUGCAAAAGUUCUUUCUGGGAGGCAGGACAGAGGAGAAGGAGUGGGAACAAAUGAGAAGGCGAUUCCUUUCAACAAGCAGGACUACCAGAGCCUGAAGCAGGAGUGUCUGGCGAAAGGAACCCUGUUCUGUGACCCGACCUUCCCUGCUGAAUCUGACUCUCUGGGAUACAAUGAACUCGGACGGUACUCCUCCAAGACCAGAGGAGUGCAGUGGAAGAGACCUAAGGAACUCUAUUCAAACCCUGAGUUCAUUGUGGACGGUGCUAAGCGGACAGACAUCUGCCAGGGAGCUUUAGGUGAGAAAAGCUCCUUUUGA